ACACUUUUACGACACCAGCCCGGGGUUUUCUGACAAAUAUGCCGGCACUGUAGAUCUCUUCAAACAAAACGAAAUAUGUUGUGUCAGUAAUCAUAUAUAUAUUCAUUAAAAUAUCAAAUACUUUCUAGCUGUUACAAUAUCGUUUUCUCGCUAGACAUCUGCCAUGGCUGGUGUUAUGGAAACAGAGGAUCAGGCAAGACACCGUUUCCAGCUUGAGUUGGAGUUUGUCCAGUGCCUAGCGAACCCGAACUAUCUGAACUUUUUGGCUCAAAGAGGCUACCUGAGAGAGAAGCCUUUUGUCAAUUACUUGAAGUAUCUACUUUACUGGAAAGAACCAGAAUAUGCUAAAUUCCUGAAAUAUCCUCAUUGUCUGCACAUGUUAGAGCUAUUGCAGUAUGAGCAUUUCCGAAAGGAGCUGGUGAAUGCGCAGUGUGCCAAGUUCAUAGACGAACAGCAGAUCCUGCACUGGCAGCAUUACUCACGGAAGCGGACACGCCUGCAGCAAGCACUCGUGGAGCAACAGCAACAGCAACAGCAGCCGCAGGCUCCAUCCCAUGGCAACACCACAUCCAAAUGAAGCAGUCAAAAUGCUCCUGCUGGGAAUUAUUCUUUCACAAAAGCCUUUUUAUUUUAUUUUUUUGCUAAAAAGUCAUUUUCAAAUAGGCUUUUUCCAAAAUUUAAAUAGGACUUGGAAUUGAAAAAUGCUCUCUGUAGGCCAUAAUGCUGUGUAUGUUUAUGAACAAAACUAGAGAAAGGUAAAAUAGCUUUUAAGAAGGUAAGAGGAGAGUGAUUAGAUAGCGGUCUUUUAGUUGGUUUUUGCAUCGUAAAAGAAGUCACACAUUGAACUGAAAUGUAUUUAAAUUCUGCAUCAAACUUCGUUUAUUAACAGCUCCAUGUUAUAUGCUUUAUCUUUUACCAUAUAUUUGUAUUAUGUUUCUGUGUGCAUUUUGGACAAAAAUGGAUACCCAAUAAAGAAAAAUAAGGCACAUUUUAAAGCCAA